AUGAAAGGUCUCGGAUGCAACGAGCAGAUAGUGCUGAAUAUACUCUGCAAACGGUCAAACGCUCAACGACAGGAGAUUCGGCGCCAGUUUAGGACACUGUUUGGUCAGGAUUUAUUGAAGCAGUUGAAAUCAGAACUGAAAGGCGACUUCGGAAACACCAUCAUCGCCUUGAUGUACACCCCACCAGAGUACGAUGCGGUGGAGCUGAAGAAAGCAAUGAAGGGACUCGGAACAGACGAAGCAGUUUUAAUCGAAAUCUUGACAAGUCGUACAAACCGUGAGUUGCGAGACCUGAUUCAUGCAUAUCAGCUUCAAUAUGGAGAAGAGUUGGAACACGCUGUUCGGUCAGAGACAUCCGGCGAUUUCAAGAAUCUCCUUGUGUCUUUGUGUACGGCGAAUCGAGACGAGAGCAUCUACGUGAACGUAGAAAAGGCGAAAGCGGAUGCGCAGGCACUGUUCGACGCUGGGGAGAAGAAGCUGGGCACAGAUGAAUCAGUGUUUAACAUGAUAAUUGCAACGCAGAGUCCUGCUCAGCUGAACAUGGUUUUCACGCAAUACGGCAAGGUCUCUGGUCAUGACAUUAACGUGGCUAUCGAACGAGAGUUCAGCAGUGACAUCAAAACUGCCUACCUGAGCAUAAUUAAGUGCAUGCGCAAUCGACCGGCCUAUUUUGCGGAGAUGCUGUACAACGCGAUGAAAGGUCUCGGUACCGACGAUAACACACUGAUUAGAAUUAUCGUGAGUCGAUCAGAAAUAGACCUCAAUCUUGUGAAGCAGGAGUUCUACAGCAUCUACAAAAAAUCGCUAGAGGAUUUCGUCAAGAGUGAGACAUCCGGAAAAUAUAAGGACGCGCUUCUAGCCAUCAUCCGUGGCAAUUGA